AUGCUCAUCCCGUGGCUCGCUCGAUACUUAAUACCGUGGCUUUUGAUAUCAUACGUCACGUGUACGCCUGUAUCGGAAAGGAAGAGCUCUCAUACCGUCCGUCAGUCCGCAGUGGGCGUAGUGACUGGAGUGAAGUCGCGAGACGAAAACGGCAACGUCUAUGUGCGCCGAGAGGUGAGGGACUUGAAGAACAACGCGCCAGAUCAAUGGAGUCUCUACAUCUUGGCGCUGCGACAACUUCAUACAACUGCCCAGAACAAUCCCAACUCAUUCUACGGUAUCGCAUCGAUACAUGGAAGGCCUUACGAUGUUUGGGGUGACGCACCAGGAAAGAAAAACAAGAUUGGCAAGGCUGGCUACUGCCCGCAUGGCAAUGAGUUGUUCCUAGGUUGGCAUCGCCCAUACCUUGCGCUAUUCGAGCAAUCACUGUCAAGCCAUGUCUACGAUAUCGCUAAAAAAGCACCCGCCGAUCAGAUCGAACGGUAUCUCAAGGCAGCAAACGAAUUCCGCAUACCUUACUGGGACUGGGCUCAAGGUACCACCAUUGGCCCCGUUCCCGACUUCUUUACAGCCCCCGAAAUAGCGGUGACGGAUACGGACGGCAGUCUAACGGUGGUGUCAAAUCCGCUGUAUUCCUACAAGUUCAACCCUGUACCCGCUGGCUUUGAUCAAAAGACCGUCAGCAACGUCGACCGCCUACUCGCACUAUACCAGGGAGCGCACCCUGAUCUUUGGAUGGAAAAGUCAAGCAUAGGACCGCACGGCAACGUCUAUCUUGACGACUACCAAGACGUUGACGCAAACACUGAACUCCUCCCGUUCAGAAAGGACCCUGGCAAAUUCAUGACCUUCAACGACUGUCGCAACACCACUGUCCUAGGCUAUGCCUACCCGGAAACACGGCGCUGGAAGUUCGCUUCAGACCAAGCCUAUCAGGCAGACGUCACAGCGCAGAUCGCGAGGAUGUAUAGUGGGCGCGCACGCGCACAGAGCAAAGUUACAGUCAUGAGUACCAAGCCAACGCCAUUCGGAGAAACACUCGAGGAAAGUAACGGCACCUACACCGACUGGAUCAUCGAGACACAAGCCAUUGCUUCCAAACUUCCACCAUCGUUCAUCGUCAAGUAUUCACUAGGCGGCAUGUUCAACUCCGACCCAGUUGUCGACGUGGGAAGCUGGAUGAUGUUGAUGCCAGAGCGACUCGACGACGUGCACACCGAGAAAGAUCCCUCAACACCGGAGAAGUUGAUGAACGGUACAACAAGUAUCACACCUUAUCUCGUCGAGCAGAUUGAAAACAAGAGCUUGAAGAGCCUGGAGCCCAGCGACGUGGUGCCUUUCUUGACCGAGAAGUUGACCUGGAAUGUCUAUGAUCAAAACGGUGAACGGGUAAAGUUCCCAGACCAAAAGACACUCUCAGUCAAGGUAUUCAGCACCAGCGCGCGCGUGCCAGACAACGACGAAGAACCGAUUGAAUACGACGAGGGAAGCACGGCUUAUCCCGAGAUCACGGCAGGUAAACAUGGUGGUGACAAGAUGGGUCGUCCGGGAAUGAUGCCUCCGCGAUUCUAG